AAAUGUCAACAAAUGUAAAAUGGCAUUGACGUUUCUUUCUGACGGCUGUCAUAUUCUUUUACGUCAGGCUUUCAUUUCCGAUAGGAGUUUGUUAGCAAGCAAGAAAUUCCAAUAAAAAAUGGCGAAAACAAAAAAGGUUGAAAAGCGCAACAAAUCUGCCAUCAAUGAGGUAGUAACCCGCGAGUGCACCAUUCACUUGUCGAAACGUGUGCACAAUAUUGGUUUCAAAAAGCGUGCUCCACGCGCCAUUAAGGAAAUCCGGAAAUUCGCCGAGAAGGAAAUGGGCACCAACGAUGUGAGAAUUGAUACCCGUUUGAACAAGCAUAUCUGGUCCAAGGGUAUUCGUUCCACUCCAGUACGUGUGCGUGUGCGUCUUGCUCGCAGGAGAAACGACGAUGAGGACUCACCUAACAAACUAUACACAUUGGUGACAUACGUGCCAGUUUCCACAUUCAAGAAUUUGCAAACGGAAAAUGUAGAAUCCAGCGAUGAUUAAACAUAAAAUUAAUGAAAUAAUGCAUGUGUGAAUGCAAUUAAUUAAUUACAUCGUCCGGGUUUAGAAGUUUAUUAAAAAUACAUAAAGUUAAUAAAUUCAUUUUUUAUUUGCAAAGACGUCAACCAAAAUGAAAAUCGAGUAUUCAAAAAUAGAUUUAAUCGUUGAAAGCGCUGUAAAAAUCCAUAUCGUUCGCAAGGCCCAACUUUGCAACAGAAAACUGAAUUUUGGAAAACCUUGAUAAUAUGAUAGAAACUGGUUUGCAACUUCUAUUUGGUUUUUGAAACAUUUAAAAUUUAAUAAUUUUGGUCGCUGGUCGAAAAACAAAUACUACUAAUUCCGUAUUCGUGUAAGGUAUAUUAAUGGAUUUUGUUUUGAAGAUAGUGUACUAUACUGCGGCAUAUAACAUUCCUCAAGUGGUUAUGGUCAAAUGAAAUCAAGGUGUAUUCCAGUAAUUGCUUGGCAAAUAAGUUGACCAAUUUUAUAAGAUUUGAAAUGAUGAAUCGAAUUAAUAUACACAAAUUUUAAUAA